AUGGCAAAAACAGGCAACUUCCUGUUUCUUCUUGCUGUCCUGCUAUGCUUUCCUGUGGUUCCCUUAGCCAACAUCAAGCGCAACAUUUCCACGGAUCUAUCUGCGCUGCUUGCCUUAAGAUCCAAUGUCUUGGAUCCUACACAUGAAUUAUUGACAAAGAAUUGGACCACGAGAAUGUCAGUCUGCAACUGGCUUGGUGUCAAAUGCUCUUCUCGCCACCAUCGAGUAGUCGCUUUGAAUAUGUCUUACAUAGGCCUUCAAGGUAGCAUUCCUCCGGAAAUAGGAAAUCUUUCUUUUCUCAAUUCAUUUGAUUUCCGAUACAACAGCUUCACAGGUCGUUUGCCUCAGGAGAUGGCCCGUCUGCGAAGACUCAGAUACAUUAAUCUCAGCUUUAACAAAUUUAGUGGAGAGGUCCCUUCAUGGUUCGGCUUUCUGCCUAAUCUUCAAUACUUGUUCAUUGCAAAUAACAGUUUUACGGGUAGCCUUCCCCUUUCCCUGUCUAAUGCAUCAAAGUUGGAGGUCUUAAAUGUGCAGUUCAAUCAACUGCAAGGUAAUAUACCCCACGAAAUUGGUAAUCUUGGCAAGCUGAAGAUCUUGAAUCUGCCAGGUAACCAGCUUACAGGGUCUAUACCACCAGCCGUUUUCAACAUUUCAUCUUUGCAAAGACUGUCUCUGACAGGCAAUAGUCUUAGUGGUAUUCUUCCCGUAAACAUGUGCUUUAACCUUCCAAAAAUUCAAGCCAUUUUUCUGUCGACAAACCAAUUUUCAGGCCAAAUUCAGUCGAGGUUCAAGAAUUGCUCAGAGCUCCAAGUUCUUGCACUGAGCAUCAAUAAAUUCAGUGGAGCAAUACCAGGAGAAAUUGGAAACUUAACCAUGUUAAGCAUAAUCUCAUUGGGAGAUAAUUCCUUCCAAGGUCCAGUCCCGGACGAAAUUGGCAAUCUUCAGCAACUAGAGACCUUGAUAUUCACUUCAAAUGCCUUGAGCGGUUCAAUUCCCGCAUCCAUAUUUAACAUCUCAUCUCUAGUGGUAAUUUCAUUCACCUCAAAUAACCUCGCAGGGAGCCUUCCUCCUGGUCUAGACCAGAAGCUACCAAAUCUACAAAUGUUGUAUCUUGGAAAUAAUAAACUUACCGGUGUUAUUCUUGAUUCCAUCUCAAAUGCUACGGUACUUGACACAUUGGAACUUGGCAACAACCAAUUCACUGGUUCCAUUCCAACCUCGUUAGGCAACUUGAGGUUCCUUGAGACCCUUGGUCUUGAUAGAAACUAUUUCACCUCCAAUUCGCCGGCAGAGUUGAGCUUUCUUUCAUCUUUGACGAAUUGUAGAGGUUUAAAAACUUUGUCCAUGUCGUUGAAUCCUCUGAAAGGAACUCUUCCCUCUACAAUAGGGAAUUUUUCCAGUUUGCUCACAUUCUUUUAUGCAAGUAUUUGUGAAAUUGAAGGCAACAUUCCACCUGAAAUUGGUAAUCUAAGUGGCCUAUCAGUCCUCAGUGUUGGCGACAAUUACUUGACUGGACCACUACAAAUGACGUUAAAUGGACUGUUGAACCUGCAAGCUUUGGACCUACAAGGUAACCAAAUUCUAGGGACUAUUGCUGACACAUUUUGCAAUUUCAGGAAACUGGGCAUAUUGUAUUUGAGUCGAAAUCAGUUCUCUGGUAUGGUGCCAGAAUGUUUUGGAAAUAUUACAUCACUGAGACAACUGUACUUAGAUUCCAAUGGGUUCAAUUCAAGUAUACCUGCAAGUCUCGGAAUCCUGAAGGAUUUGUUGGAGCUAGACAUUCAUUCAAAUUCUUUGAGUGGUUUCAUACCGACAGAAAUUGGAGAUUUGCGGGCUGCAUUGUACAUGGACUUGUCAGGCAAUAGAUUUUCAGGCAAUAUUCCCACAACACUUGGUAACCUUGAGACCUUGAUCAACCUCACCCUGGCACAUAAUGAAUUACAAGGGCCAAUUCCUGCAACAUUUGGCAAAUUGGUAAGCCUGGAAUUGUUGGAUCUAUCUCAUAACAACCUCUCUGGAGAGAUUCCAAAAUCAUUAGAAUCACUUUCACGGUUGCUACACUUAAAUGUGUCCUUCAAUAAGCUACGAGGAGAGAUUCCCUCAACUGGUUCUUUCGUGAACUUCACAAAUGAAUCAUUCAUGUCAAAUGAGGCACUCUGUGGUGGUCCUCCUCAUUUGCACUUCCCUACUUGCCCUUCUCCUCGGGGAUCAAGGAUGAAAAGCUUGCGCUUAGCCGCUUAUGUCUUGCUACCGUGUGCAUUCUUAGCUUUUGCUUUAAUUAGCAUUGCAAUACUGUUCAUGAAAAAGAGAAGAAGAAACCAAAGUACUGCUCAAGCAGAUUCACCUCCAGCAAUAACACCUAAAUGGAUUUCUUACUAUGAGCUUCAACAUGUAACCAAUGGCUUUAGCGAGAGCAAUUUACUUGCAGUGGGAAGUUAUGGUUCAGUUUACAAAGGGAUGCUCAGGAAUGGAAAAUUGUCAGCCAUAAAAGUUUUCAACUUGCAUUUAGAAGGAGCAUUCAAAAGUUUUGACACUGAGUGUGAAGUUCUGCGUAAUCUUCGCCACAGGAAUCUGGUUAAAGUCAUCAGUAGUUGUUCUAACCCAGAUUUUAAGGCUCUAGUCUUAGAAUAUAUGCCUAAUGGAAGUCUUGAGAAAUGGUUGCACUCUGACAACUAUUUCUUGGAUUUUGUCCAAAGAUUAGACAUAAUGGUGGAUGUAGCAGCUGCAUUGGAUUACCUUCAUCAUGGCUACCCGUCACCUGUAGUCCAUUGCGAUCUAAAGCCCAGUAAUGUUCUUCUGGAUGAAGAGAUUACUGGUCAUGUGAGUGAUUUUGGCAUUGCAAAGCUAUUUCAUGGGGAUGAAAGUACGAGACAGACAAAGACACUCGCAACAAUUGGUUACAUAGCACCGGAGUACGGAUCUGAAGGUAUAGUAUCCACUAGAUGUGAUGUCUAUAGCUUCGGCAUUCUCUUGAUGGAAACAUUUUCAAGGAAGAAGCCGACUGAUGAAUUGUUCUCUGAAGAUUGGACAUUGAAAGACUGGGUAGCUGAGUUGUUGCAAAAUUCAGCAUCGGAAUUCAUUGACCAGAGCCUCCUAACUAUCCAUGACCAAAAUCCAGCAACAUUGGUGAAAUGUACAUUAAAAAUCAUGAACUUGGCCCUUGCAUGCACAGUGGAGUCAGCAGAGGAGAGGAUCGACAUCAAAGAUGCUCUGAAAGAACUCAAAAGAAUCAAAGUUGACUAUGAUUCAAAGUAGAGUAGUGAAAAGAAAAGGACGUGAAGGCCAGCUCUCAAAUUACAAUAAAGGGAAAUCAAUGAUUUAUGAAGCAACUACAUGAUUUGCAUCAAGAUUUACAUAUGCAGCCUUCAGAUCAUUCAAGACUA